AUGGCCCCUCGUACAAGCGAAGAAGUCUCGGACGACGAGUCUGCUGGCGAGGCCAUUCCUUUUAAGAGCGUCAACAGGGCCUCGUCCGACGACGACGACGAUAAUAGCGAAGAUGAGGGUGAUGUCUACGUUGUCGAGUCAAUCGUGGGCCAUGAGUUCCAGAAGAAUGGCAAACUCAUGUUGAAUGUUAAAUGGAAAGGAUAUGACGACCCGGCAGAUCAAACGCUAGAGCCAGAAGAUAGUUUAUUGGAAGGUGCAGGCGAGGCAGUUCAAGAAUACUAUAAAAAAAUUGGCGGUCGACCGCAACAACCUGGAGGAGCGAAGCCAGGCAGGGGGAAGCGAAAAUCCAUGACAAGCGCAAAGGCGACACCCGACAAGCCGAGCACCAAGAAACAGAAGUUAUCAUCAAAGGACGAAACAAACGGCACAGAUCUUUCAGACGCAGAUAUCGGUCAAGGGAUCCCCGAUUGGGUUCAUGAUAAAGAGCAUUGGGGGCGUGAUGUUGUUAAGGUUCAGACAAUCGAGAACGACGAGACACAUGGGCUGGUCGCCUAUCUGAACUGGACGAACGGCAAAACAACAAAGGUGUCAAUUAAUCUAUGCUAUGAAAGCAUACCCAUGCUGAUGCUCAAGUUCUAUGAAGCACAUCUUGUGUUCAAAGAUGGCCAAGAAGAAGGAGCCGGGGAAGGGGCAGAGGAAUAA